AUGCACUCGUCAAAGUUAUUAUUGUAUACGCUUGGCUUAUCAUUAGCCGUUUUGCCUACAUUACAACAAGCAAAAGGACCUCAACAUCCUUUACAAGAACCAGUACCUGUCAAAUUUGUCGAAACUGUGCUGCAGAAUAACGAACCAAAGGAUUAUUGCAACCCUCAAGGUCAAAUUAGAGAUACUUGUUGCGACUACCAAAGUAUCGAAAGCAUUCAGUCAGACGUCUUUAAAAAAGUACAAGAACUUGCUGAUCUUUGGAAAGAAUGUCCUUUUUGGAAUGAAGACGCUCUCUGCACCAACCGUGAUUGUUCCGUAGCUACAACAGAUGAAAACGUUUUGCCCAUUGAUUGGAGAAAAGAUGCAUUGAGCAAAAUUCAAUUAUCACCCAAAGGAUCGCUGUUUCAACCAUUUAAACAAUGUUCUUAUAAAGACCAAGACUUUUGUCUUGUAGACGAUCGAUUAGACUCUGAUAGCAUUGUAUAUAUUGAUUUGGCCGAGAAUCCUGAAAGAUUUACGGGCUAUGCUGGACCUUCUUCAGCUAGAGUCUGGAGAGCAAUUUAUGAAGAAAAUUGUUUUGAUAUCGUACACCAAAUGACUGAAGGCUGUGAGACAUGCAACAACAUUAUGAACCUGGGACAAAAGACACCUAAACUAUCUCCCAAAUCGCCUGUGUCUCCUUUUGCUCAUGUUCCUGGUAAAAAAGCUGAAUUACAGCAGUUCCUGAACAAUUUAGCUGAGGAAGCAGAUGGUGGUCUUGAAAGCAAUGCUGAAGUAUGUUUAGAAAAGCGAGUCUAUUAUCGUCUGAUUUCGGGUCUUCAUUCUUCUAUUUCUAUUCAUAUCUGUGAUGAAUGGUUUAAUAGAGAAACCGGUGUUUGGGGUCCUAACUUGGAUUGCUUUGUUAACCGUAUUGGUUCGCAUCCUGAACGUCUUCAAAAUGUCUAUUUCACUUAUGCUCUUCUUUUAAGAGCUGUCAAGAAGAUUGGUCCUUACUUGGAUAAAUACGAAUACCGUACAGGAAGUACAACAGAAGAUGAAAAGACUCGUUGGAUGGUACAAGACUUGAUCAAGAGCACUGAGGCUUGCCCAUCUACAUUUGAUGAAAAGUCCAUGUUUAAUGGUCCUGAUGCUGUCUUGCUUAAGCAAGAAUUCAGGGACCAUUUUAGAAAUGUGUCCAAGAUUAUGGACUGUGUUGGUUGUGAAAAAUGCAGAUUAUGGGGCAAAAUUCAGACUGUGGGUCUAGGCACUGCCUUAAAGGUGCUAUUUUCUUAUGAAGACAAUUCACUCGACCCUGUUCAAAACCCUGAUCUUUUUGAAAGAGGUGAAAUUGUUGCUCUCUUCAACACAUUCAACCGACUUUCUGAAAGUGUUCAAGGUAUCAAGACAUUUAGACAGAUGUACAAGGAAAAAAUGACACCCAAGGUAACCUUGUUUUGUAUGAAUGGCUUUGUUCUAACUCGAUUGUAG